CCUUCUCUGCGCGGUAUGAUCCGGACCAAACACUUGUUAUCUAAAUCAUAUUUUGUCAGCUGUAUGUAUUAAGCACAUUUUCGGGCACUCUGUAAUGCGAGCUCAACCUCUUAAUAGCUCAACUGCAACAAUAUGAAUGUUUUCUGUGUAUUGGGGCUUAUAUUAUUUAAGGUUUCCCAUAUCUAUAUUGACUGCUUUGUGGGACGGUUGUCGUGUAUAAUCUCAGUUCAACGACUAGAUAUCAUACCUCAAAUGAACGUCAACUCCAAAAUAUAGAAUACGACACUUGGUUUGUUCAUAGUAUUUUAGACUAAAAUGGCCCCGAAGAAAAGCACCAGAGCGAGUACGAGAGCCGCCGACACCAGUACAUUUGACGUCACUCCCAAAGACGACGACAGCCGAGAAGAGGUGGAAGUGAAGAAGCCGAUCCGGGGUAAGAGAUCGGCCUCUGAUAGUUCCGAUAAAAAAACAAAGAGCGUACCCCCAAGCAUCCCUCUCUUCUCCCAUUGGCUGAUGAAGUCGGAGCCCGAGACCCGGUUGGAGUACGGGGUUGACGUAAAGUUCGGGAUUGAGGAUUUGAAGGCUCUUCCCAAUCAGACGGGAUGCUGGGAUGGUGUCCGCAAUUAUCAGGCACGCAACUUCAUGAGGGACAUGAGAGAGGGGCAUGUAGCCUUCUUCUACCACAGCAACUGCAAGGAGCCGGGCAUCGCAGGAGUCAUGGAGGUUGUGAAGGUGGCGUAUGUGGACCACACUCAGUUUGACAAGAAAGACGUGCACUUCGAUGCAUCCAGCAAAGCGGACAACCCCAAAUGGAGCAUGGUUGACGUCCGGUAUCAACGGAUGCUUCAGCGGUUUAUUCCUCUGUCUGAGCUGAAGAAGUACCACCUGAAGCACAGUGCAACUGGGGGCCCCCUGAAGAGCAUGGCUCUGUUCACCAGCGCCAGGCUCUCCGUCCAACCCCUGACCCCUGAGGAGUUUCAGUUUGUCUUGGACUUGGAGACUAAAGAGCCAAUUUGAGAGUUUGGACCCAAACUCAACACUCCAAUAAUGUUUGACCUUGCUUCCUUUUUUGUAAUGAAGUUUUUAUAUUGAACAUGUAUUUGUAGCCAAGCAAAUUUGAAUGUUAUGAUAAAUACAAUCCAAGAGUGUGAAUAAAUAUCUACCUAUUCCUAUUUACUCUAA